GGAAGUGAGGGGGGUCUGGCGGGGGUGGCCAGGAGGGUGGCAGGACCAGAGGAACCGUUUCACCAUGGAAUAUGAAGCCAAGAAGGGGAAGAAGGGCUUUGUGUCCCCCAUCCGAAGGCUCGUGUUCCCAAAGGCUGCACGCCAGGCUGCCUUCAGGAGCAAUGUCAGUCGCAGGCCCCUGCAUUCUAUGCCUCUUUAUCCUCCCGACUACCUCAUCGACCCCCACAUUCUGCUGUGUGACUACCUGGAGAAAGAGGUCAAGUUCCUGGGCCACCUCACCUGGGUGACUUCCUCACUGAACCCCUCCAGCAGAGAUGAGCUCCUGCAGCUGCUAGACACCGCCAGGCAGCUGAAGGAGUUGCCUCUGAAGACCACGCCGGAGCAGGACAGCAUUCUGAGCCUGUCGGCCCGCUGCCUGCUGCUCACCUGGCGGGACAACGAGGAGCUCAUCCUGCGCAUCCCCACGCACGAGAUCGCCGCUGCCUCCUACUUGCAGGAUGACGCGCUGCACCUGCUAGUGCUUAAGACUGGUGAGGUGCGGGGGAGGGGAGUGGGAGGCCAACCUGCAGUGCUGGGACCAUUGAGUGAAGGGCGCCAAGGAUGGGACCGAGGCUGGGAGAGGGAUGGCAGAAAACCUGAGCACACUAUUCUGAGACUAAGGGACGGCAAAAGAAGCCAUAGGCAAGACCAGAGAGUCAGGCGGCGGCAGGCGGGUGGCGGCGUAGGCGGCAGCUGGGAGCGACGCCAUCCCGGCCCCAACCCGCUGGAUCCCCAAAACCCCAGCCCCGACGCCUACUGCAACCUGGUCAUCCUCGCUGUGGCCAACAGGGAUGCUGCUGAGGAGUCCUGUGCACUCAUCUGUCAAGUCUUCCAGAUCAUCUAUGGGGACCAGAGCAUCGAGUGUGUAGACCGGGCCGGCUACCACUACAGACCCACGCCUAAGCGGCCAUGGCUCUCCAGCUGCAGUGAGAGCUGCCGCACCGAUGGGACGUUUGCCUACGACGCCGACUUGAGCUGCUGCAGCUCCUUCAAUGGCUCCCAGGACACAUUUGAAGCAUGUUACAGCGGUGCAUCCACACCAUCUUUCCAUGGCUCCCACUGCAGCAGUACCGACCACAGCAGCUGGGCCUUCGAGCAGCUGCAGGAUUACAUGGUCACGCUGCGGAGUAAGCUGGGUCCCCCUGAGAUCCAGCAGUUUGCAAUUCUGCUCCGAGACUAUCGCCUGGGGCUGCCUAUCCAGGACUUCUGUGCAGGCCUGCAGAAACUCUACGGGGACCGACGGAAGUUCCUUCUCAUUGGGAUGCGGCCCUUUAUUCCGGACCAGGACAUUGGCUACUUCGAGAGCUUCCUAGAGAGUGUGGGCAUCCGCGAGGGCGGUAUCCUCACCGACAGCUUUGGCCGCAUCAAGCGCAGCAUGAGCUCCACAUCAGCCUCCGCAGUGCGCAGCUAUGACGGGGCGGCUCAGCGGCCCGAGGCACAGACCUUCCACCAGCUGCUGACGGACAUUACACACGACAUCGAGGCUCUGGCCCCCGACGACGAUGAUGUCUAUGAGGAUGUCUCCCCAAGCGGGGGCGACCAGGGUGAAGACAACUACCUGUAACCCUGCUGCCCGCCUCAGGUCUUGCACAGUUGUUUGUGGGACACCCUCCUGCGAGUGCCUAGAUAGCCUGGAUUCCCAUCUGUGCCUUUCUAGGCUUCUGUUCCUGCAGAUGGAUUUCCAGGGCUUAAAUUUCUGCAAUACCGAGAAAGUCCUGCAGGUGGCUUUACUCGAGGGAGAGCCAGACCCUAGAGUUCACUGCAGGAUGAAGAAUCGCUCCACCUACUGGCCGACAGGAAAGAAUUCCAAUUCAAGCCCCAGCUCUCUGCAUGCCUCGUUCAACCUCAAACCAGGACCAUUCCAGAGAUCUCUUCGAUUUUACAGGCUGAGAAACUGAGAGAUUUUUUUGUUGUUGUUGUCCGAGUUUUUUUUUUUUGCUUUUUUUUUAAAGGAAUGGAUAUCAGGGAAUGCCCUUGUUCUUCUCAGAUAUCGCUAGCCAUUUCCAUAUCUAUACAAUAAUUUCCAUUUCACUCUCCUCACAUGUGGUCAUGGGGAUGAAUGGAGGUCAAGACCUCACGACGUUUAGGUCAAGACCUUAGCCUAGCAUGCAGAGGCCCAAUAAAUGCUGUUUCCUUCCAACCGGAA